AUUUUUUGAUAUUACCGUAAACACAGUGUUAGUUUUUCUUACUGACCGAUUUGAAGCAGGAGCUUCAUAUGGAACUUUAAAUACGUACAGAAGCGCAAUGUCGUUAAUCUCUAAGGACAAGAUAGGAGAGAACACUGAUAUUUCAAGGUUUAUGAAAGGCGUCUAUAGACUCAAACCUGUAAAACCUAAAUAUGAUUAUACUUGGGAUGUCUCGAUUGUAUUAGAUUUUCUUGAGUUGCUCGAUGUACAAACAAUUGAAAAUCUUACUAUCAAGACAAUAUUAUUACUAGCCCUAAGCACUGCGCAGCGAGCGCAGACUCUGUCAUUAAUCAAAAUAAGCAAUAUUGUGAUAUCUAAUCGCGGCUUGGAAAUUAAAAUACCUGAUCGAAUAAAGACUUCAAAGGUUGGCAAUAACCAACCACUUUUACAAUUACCUAAGCUAAUUGAAAAACCCGACUUAUGCGUAUAUUCUACGAUACUUCUGUAUAUUGACAAAACCAAAAAUCUCAGAGGAGAUAUUGAUAAUUUAUUCAUAAGUUUAAACAAACCUUAUCGAGCAAUCACAGCUGAGACUGUCAGCCGCUGGAUUAAAAGAGGUUUAUUUAUGAGUGGUAUCGACACCACAAUUUUUACGGGCCAUUCUACGCGCCACGCAGCAAGCUCCAAAGCUUUACAAAAAGGAAUCGAUAUAGAUACGAUAAGACGCACAGCGGGCUGGUCGGAAAAAUCAAGAACGUUUGCCAAUUUUUAUAAUAGGCCGAUCGUUACCGACAGUUUCGAGUUAGCGAAUUUAGUUUUAAGAUGUAAUCAAAAUGAUUAAUGUUUAAUAUUCAUCUUUAUAA